AUGCUUUGUAUUAGCUUAAAAUAUUUCGUUCCUUUAAUAAUUUUUUUGUCUGUCGUAGAUGGAAUUCCAAUAGGUGCCAAAAGAGAAAUGGUAACCAUCUAUAAAACUUUCGUUGAGACUAUAACAAUAGAUGCAACCACCCAAAAUCCAGAGGUUUACAUUCCUCUGAGUACUAAUAGAAGGAGCUCAUCUGAAACUCUGAGAAGUUACUCAAAAAAAAGUACUCUAAUGAGUUCAAGUACAACCGUUGCAACAUCUUUGGCUGCGAGCAAAACUUCGCAUUAUUCAACAAAAAGUUCAACACUGAAGUCUCGCAGCAAAACGUCAUCAUCACCAAGUGUACCUACAAGCAUUUAUACAAAAGAUAUUCCAAAUGAUGCUUUCGAAAACACUUUAAAUGAAAUGUGGGAUAGAUUCUGGCUGUCUGAAAACAAUCAAUGGAAUGAUGAUGACUCAAUUUGUGAUACUAAUCAGUUCUCUGAGCCAGUCGUCUGGGAUCAAGCUGUUAUAGGGAAAGCCAUAACUAAUUCAAAGAAUACAGAAAGGAUUGACAAAACUGCAGAAGCAAUCUACAAAUAUAAGAAUAAAGCACUUGGUGUUUAUUCGGCAACAACUGCAGGAGAUGAUGAUAUUUAUAACGAUGAUAAUGCGCAGUUGGUUUGGGUAUUUGUUGAUGGAUACAAAGCUACUGGAAACGAAAAGCAUUUGGAGGCCGCAAAAGAGGUAAUGCAGUUCCUCAUGACUCAGUGGAAUAGUCAAGGCAAAGGUGGUGUAAUUUGGAAAUACAAGGCAGAUUACAUUGCUUCGAUAUCGACGGUAGAAGCCGCAUUGGCCGCAAUUCGAUUAUAUACCAUUACUUCCGAUACUGAUUUGUUAAAGUUCACCGAAGACUGCAUGGAUUUUAUGUUUGAAUACUUUCAGGAUACCGAUAAGCUAUUCUUUGAUGGCUUAAAUAAGAACAAUUACGAUGAUAUUAACAAAGGUAAAUUGUCAUACACAGCUGGUUGUGCGCUAAGUACUUUGGCAUAUCUAAGUAAGUACAGCUCUAAAAGCAAUUGGAAAUCCAAGGCAAUUGAAAUAGGUAAGGCAGCGAUGAACCAGAAAGGUGCUUUGUAUAAUGGAAAUUCAAUCUGGAAUAACCAAUUGAAGUAUGUUCACUUACUAUACGCCGGGUACGUGGAUUUGUUAACGUUAACCGAUUGGGACUCUGAGUACACCGACUUCAAACUAGAAUUACUUAGACAAGGCUCACUAAUGAUUGAAUUUUUACAAGACCCUGACGAUAAGUCGUUAUAUUUUGGUCUGGCAACAGGAGCUACAAAAAAAAUGUUUCAAAAAUAUGAAGUGGCAUUUAAAGAGGAUAAUGUCUUCGAAGAGAACAACGACAUUUACUGCAAUGGAAAUGUGAAUAAACCUACAAAAAAAUCAUUGAUGAAUAAUGGAUCUGCUGCACAAAUCUUGUAUGAAGUAAGCCGUAUAUCCUAA